GAGCGCGUGGAAAUAUAAGAAGUUGUUUAUCGUUCAGCUUCUUCGAGAAAAAUGACUAUACGUCUUCAAGAUGUGGUGCGAUCAGAAGAGGAAGGUGGCUUGGCCGGACCAGCUAAUCCAAUACCUAGUCAGUCGAUAGAUUGUGGUUGCAAACAGCUCCCGUGUCCGAAAUUAGCAAAAUUUGCAACACGUCGACUCUUCGUUGGGCUACUGUCAUGGGUCGGUUUGAUUCAAGCUGCCGCUUACGCAUACUUUUACAUAGCAGGACCUACGAUCGCGAGAAGGUUCCAAUUUGAUCCUUACAUAAUAGAGUGGGUGAUCCUAAUAUCGGAUUUGACACCAUUCCUACUUGGAAUACCCAUCGCGUAUUGGGGUGACAGAAUUCACAGAGCAGCAUGGAUUGGCGCAAUAGUUCUUCUGCAAAGUGUUUCGUAUUUCAUUAUGAUCAUUCCUCAUCUGACACAUUAUACGAAAGUCAUCGAAGAAACGAAAAAUGUCACGCAUAUGUCACUAUACCCAGAUGAUAAUCGCGAACUGUGCGCAGAAACUUCAUCUAGAAUCGUUGCAAAAGAUGAUGCACCGUGCUAUUUGACGUUCGGAAUAUUCGUCGUUGUACAAAUUACAUCCGGUGUGGCGAAUAUCGCAUACCUUGCAUUAGGCAUUUCCUAUCUGGACGACAAUACAAAGAAGAGACACAUAGCUGCAUUCAUUGGCGUUCUUCUCGCUGUAAAAAUUUUCGGAGUUCUUCUAGGAUGUUUCUUGGCAUGGAGCUGUCUUGGAAUUGACGCGGUGUCUCUAAGCCCUAUAAAAUCCUAUAGAGAACAGAUCGGCGCGUGGUGGUUAGGUUUACCAAUUCUCACAAUACUACUUAUAGUUCCUGGUUUGCUACUUUCGUGGUUUCCCCGUAUGUUACCAUCCGAGGUUGUCGAAAAAGCUGCAGCUUCGCUACUAAACAACUCCGACAGGCGUCGAACACAUCACAGAUUAGCCAGCCAAAAUGUUGGCAGUCCAAAUUAUUGGCCAUCGUUAGGUAGAUUAAUUACAAAUAAAAUUUUAAUUCUCCAAAUUUUGGCUUGUACCCUCUCUAUUACCGCCAUUGUAAAUUUCAUGGGGUACGAGAACCUUAUCGCACAAUCACGAUUUCACGUACCAACACCAACUGGUAUGUUGCUUGGUUUCGAGGAUCCAAUGUCAUCGAGAGUAAUAUCAAAUAUCUUGAAGCCUAUUCUAGUAGGCUUAAUCGUGAUUGUUUCGGGUUUUAUAAUCGCAAAAGCGAGACCUAAUGCUGUUAGUAUGAUAUGUUAUAGCAUAAUCAUCUUACUCUUAGCGGCUGCAAUUAUUUUUUCAUUAUCUGCUGCUUCUUGCGAGAAAAAGACGAUUGUCGAAAUGGCUAGAGGGAGCCCGACUUUACUGAGAUACUGCAACCUAAACUGUGGCUGUUCGAACGAUGCUAAUUUCCGCCCUGUCUGCGACAGUAAAGGCAUGUUCAUCUUUUAUAGUCCUUGCCAUGCUGGGUGCACUAGCUCUGAGCUGAAAAAUGGCGUAACAACUUACAGUGGCUGCAGUUGUGUAGAAGAGGAAACUAGAAAAGUAGGACCUGGAACCACGGAAGCGAUUGAUGGACCUUGCACUUCGAGUAAUUGUCAAAUCAGUUGGCUUAUAUUUGGGUUGGGUAUCUUUUUGAUAUACGUAAUGGUCGCUACAACUUUUGUGGGAGACUUAUUGAUAAUCUUGAGAUCGGUGAACGUACAAGACAAAGCUAUCAGCAUAGGAUUUUGGAUGACGUGCUCGGCUAUAAUUGUGAAUGUUCCUGGGAAAAUGAUUUACGAACUAAUUGCAAAUCUGACGUGCCAAUAUUGGGGAACUCGUGGAUCUCAGUGCCAUCUUCACGAUGGUUUCAAGCUGGGCAACUAUUUGUACUACCUCACAGGUUCUCUGUUUGUCCUGAGCGCCAUAUUAAAAAUCUUCGUGUGCCUUCUCUCCAAAGAACUCAAGGUAUACGCCGAGAAGAAAGAGGUGACAAAAUCGAGCGCUGAAAUGCAAGAAAUGAUUCGCCAUCCUGCUGCCACGCCUAAACAACAAGAACCCGGAAACGCUGGUAAUGAUACUUCACCAGUUCAAGUAGAAGUUACAAACGAAAUGUUGGCACCAUCGACCAGUUCACCAAUCGAAAAUCCACCAGUAGAGGAAGACGUUAAACAAACUGAAGAAGCACAACUAAAAUACGGCCCCCUGGGUCCCGGCGAUCGUCGAACAAACUCGAAAUCCUCGUUGAAUCAAUUGUCGCAGACUGGAAAGUCAGACACGCGGGGCUUGGACUCAGAGGACGAAUUAAGCUCCAGCGACGAGGAUCAGAAAAAGGGUUCGAGCACGAACGUGGAAUACAGACCGCUAGACAUCGAUUCGGACGUAGAGAGUGAUUUGAGUAGUGUAGAGCCGAGAUCGCGAAAACGUAUCAUCUCUAAAGACUACGAGCCUGUCUAUAACAACGAUCAAAGUGUCUACGCCAAAGCCGCGCUUCCUAAAUAUAAACAUCCCAAUCCGAAUAACGACGGGGAUUCAAAAUUGAACAAAGCAGAAUACAAGGAUCAAAAUGAAAACGCAGAUGGUUUCUCGAAGACCAGUAGUUUCGAAUUCUCGAGGAAGAGACCGGAUGACGGUACACAGAACAAAGGCGAUUUCAACGAAGUAGGUAUACCUAUAGUAGAUCCGCCGAGUCCUUUCUUGAAAGGUGUGCAGUCGUUGAUCAAUCGGUACGAGCUGAAUACCGAGGAACAGUCCAAUGGAGACGAAGAGUCAGUGUUAUCGGGGGAAAGUGGAAGACUUCCGGAGGGUAAGAUUGUUUCGGGAAUUCCAUUGGUAGCCAUGGCAUCGAAAAGACCUUCCUCCAGAGUUCAAUCUUCAUCGGGGGUUAACAGUUUAUCGGGUGGCAGAAUUCCCGAAACUCGACCCCAGUCUCCUAAAAGUGUUAGUUCGAAAACGUCCAGCAAAGGGAGUACAGGGACGUUGCACACUGAUUUGUAACAUCCGAUCGACCGACAUUGAUAGAAUUAUAAAAUGUUUCAUUGUUAAACCAUAUGCUGAUUUUCUAUUUUCAAACCUUUAUACCAGGCACGGGUAACCUUUCCUGGUUCUGGGACCAAAUUAUCGUUCUCUCUCCGAGUCAAGGGCCAAACUAAACGGGUUUUCGCGUGUGUUUUUAUGUAUCGAUAUAUUAGUAUCUCCGAUGUA